CUGGGUGGAGGGUACGUGGCAGGGGGAGGACGGGCAGAGGGAGGCGGACAUGGAGCUGGAGGCGAUAGGCAGAUACACCAGCCCGGUGAACCCGGCCGUCUUCCCCCACCUCACCGUGGUGCUGCUGGCCAUCGGCAUGUUUUUCACCGCCUGGUUUUUCGUCUACGAGGUGACUUCUACCAAGUACACACGGGACAUCUACAAGGAGUUGUUGAUCUCGCUGGUGGCCUCGCUCUUCAUGGGCUUCGGCGUCCUCUUCCUGCUGCUGUGGGUCGGUAUCUAUGUCUGAGACCCGGGUGGAGGAGCACCGGUAGCACCUCGUGAAUCCUGAUGGCUGGUAGUCCCCUAGCUUCACUGCUGCCUGGCCUUCCCUGCUCACCCUCUGCUUCCUGCGUGUCCAGGGUGUUUCAGUAACUCAAGAGCGUCACCAGUGUGUGGUUAAGUGUUUUUAUGGUGCGAAUGAAAACCUUGAAAAUAAAGAGCCUUUGGUGGCAGAAAUGCCAACUCCUAGUGAUGCUGCGAGGGCUGUGGCUGCUCUGCUGGGCCAAGCUCAGGAAGUUCUGACAUGGGUGACAGGAGAUAAAACUCCCCAGAUGGGAGAGGCGGCCACAGUGUCCCGUGGGAUGUGAACAGGAACCAUCCCUCUAUCUGGAUUAAAAAAAAAAAAAAAGAUCUUUGUAGCGUGUUUCUCUGGAGCAGCAGGGCGAACCAUGCACUCCUCGGUGCCGGUAACACCGCGGCCAGCCCUCGGCAAAGGGAGGGAUCACUGCAAUCUGCUGAAAGCACCAAAAAGCAAUGGCCAGAGCCUGACGCAGCCUCCCAAAUCCAGUUUGGUUCAAGUUAUCUGUGUCCUGUGAGGGGGCUGUGAGGGGAAAGGUGUGCUCCUCUCCGAAGCGUUUCCCCCUUGACGCCUUUCCCCAGCCACGGCUGCUGUUGCUGUAAAGAAACGUAUCUCGGGUAGAAGAGCCUGGCAGUGGCUCAGCCUUGGGAAGGCAGGCGUCUUGUUUUGAGCAAGAGGGGCUGGAGCAGGAUGGGGAGGAGGAGGUGGCGUGGUGCUGGUCAGUCGCUCUGACGUGUCGUGGUCAAACUUCAACGUGGAGCUUAGCAGUGGCCCCCUUUGGUUUCUUAUGUGGACACACAUAGCUCAGGAGGGACAGAAUUAAGAGACCCAUUUUUAUACGGCUUAAAAAAAAAAUUCAGUAGUUUAGCAAGUUAAGAACUUGUAACAGUAAAAUACCCCAAAUACACUCAACAUAACUGCUUUCUGAAAACAGUGACAGCCAGGGCACCCAGUCACUGCCAUUCCCCGCUUUGUGGGAGAGGAUGGGCCUCUCCUGUGCCUGGCAGAGCUCUGUUAUGCCCCGAAGCCACGUCACGCGUCCCCAGCGCCUCGGCCUUGCUCUGCAGGGCGCACUGGGCUCUGCCAGUGGGCUCUUGUCUGCACAUCUGGGCAGAGGUGGGUGUGUUGGGUUGAGAGCUGACCAGGCAGCUCCACACAUGCUGGGAGAGGCCACAGGUUGUUGCCAAA